CGACUGGCUCAUGUCCGCGGCCUCGAAAUUUUGACCAGCCUGUAACCACACCUUCUCAGGUAUUGGUCCCUUAUUCUUUUUUCCGUCAUUGAGCCAGAUACCCCUCCCCUGCACAUCAUGAUUUCCAUCGGUCUGGAGAGCUCCGCCAACAAACUGGGCGUGGGCAUCAUGGUGCAUCCCGACGAUGGCAAGCCCCCGCAGGUGCUGGCCAAUGUUCGGCACACCUAUGUCACCCCUCCGGGUGAAGGAUUCCUUCCCAAGGACACCGCCCGUCACCACCGCGCCUGGGUCGUGAAGCUGGUCAAGAAGGCUCUUCGUGAAGCUCGGAUCUCCCCCAAGGAUGUGGAUUGCAUCUGCUUCACCAAGGGCCCCGGCAUGGGAGCCCCUCUUCAGAGCGCCGCCAUUGCGGCCCGCAUGUUGAGUCUACUAUGGGGCAAGGAAUUGGUGGGCGUGAAUCACUGUGUUGGACAUAUCGAAAUGGGUCGAUUAAUUACCGGUGCUACAAAUCCCGUCGUCCUCUACGUCUCCGGAGGAAAUACCCAAGUCAUCGCAUACAGCUCUCAACGGUACCGCAUCUUCGGCGAGACCUUGGAUAUCGCAGUAGGAAACUGCUUAGACCGCUUUGCGCGCACGCUGCGCAUUUCCAACGAUCCUGCCCCAGGAUAUAACAUCGAACAAUUAGCCAAGAAGGGUAGGAAACUGGUCGAUCUACCGUACACGGUCAAGGGAAUGGACAUUUCCAUGUCCGGUAUCUUGGCGGCCAUUGAUGGACUAGCAGUGCAGUAUGGCUUGGACGGAGACUGGAAUGACGACGAGGAUGUUGCUAACAAUGCAUCUACAUCGGACGAUCUGGAGAACGCGAAACCGACGCGUGCAGAUCUAUGCUUCUCGCUCCAGGAAACGGUUUACUCCAUGCUGGUCGAGAUCACAGAGCGCGCCAUGGCACAUGUCGGCUCCAAGGAUGUUCUGAUCGUCGGUGGAGUGGGCUGUAAUGAGCGCCUGCAGGAAAUGAUGGGCAUCAUGGCUCGCGACCGCGGCGGUACCAUUCAUGCGACCGACGAGAGGUUCUGUAUUGAUAACGGCAUCAUGAUCGCGCAGGCUGGAUUACUGGCAUAUAAGUCCGGUAGCACAACGCCCUUGAAGGAUUCCACUUGUACUCAGCGCUUCCGGACGGACGAUGUCUUUGUCAAAUGGAGGGAUUGAUUUUCUAUUUCUUGUUCCAUUGGAUGAUGAUGAUUUAGAUGAAUGAGAUGAAUAUAAUCUAUAGAGUCAUGAGCAAAGGUCUCCGAUUAUACGGGAUUCGGCGCCCGGAGUGCAUCCGUACUUCCAGGCAAACUGAGGCAAGGGCUAGUAUUGAUGGAAGCCCGCUUGACCGCAUUCUUGUUACCGAGUAACGAUUGGCGGGAUUUGACUCAAUGUUGCCACGGAUUCAGAUGACAGGUUGGGGUCAAGAAUAUCAAGUCGAUCAUGACUAGCUGUCC